AUGGAUCAGAUGGAUGAUAAUUUGGAAGUACCCAACACUGGCAAAAGUUGUACUAUUGCCAAUAAGGAUUUUCAAGACAGUCAUCUUGAAUUGGAUUCAACUGCACAAUCGCAGGUCGAACAACCUAAAAUUGAUACAAGGACAACUGGAAAUCUUAUUGCAGAAGGGACUGAGAGAAAAAAGAAGACUAAAAAUAAAGAUGAACUUCAGUUCUUGGAACAAUCAGAUAUUAUGUCAAGUAAGAACUUGUUGAAUGUAAAUAAUGGACUAGAGAAUGAAGGUAUGCUAAACAAAAACGAGAGCACUGCUCAAGAAUCUGAUGUUGAGGUGACCGAGCAUCUCUCAACAUCUAUUGUGAAGAAAGAUCACUUGUCAAAUGAUUCACGUCUAUAUCUGGAAAUAGCACCGGUUGCAUGUGUUAGGAGAAAACUUCUUGUCCUUGAUGUCAAUGGUCUACUUGCAGACAUUGUAAUGCCAGCACCAAAAGACUGUAUUGCGGAUGCAUAUAUCUGGGGACGGGCGGUAUUCAAGAGACCCUCCUGUGAUGAUUUUCUGAAGUUUUGCUUCGAGAAGUUUGAUGUGGGCAUAUGGUCAUCAAGAUCCAAGAAAAUUAUUGAGAACUUUGCCAAUUAUUUAUUGGGAGAUCUACAACACAAACUGCUGUUUUGUUGGGAUAUGUCGCAUAGUACUCAGACGGGGUACAAAACUCUUGACAACAUGCAAAAACCCUUGGUCAUGAAGGAGCUAAAGAAAAUAUGGGAAAAAGAUGAUCCUAAUCUUCCUUGGGAGAAGGGAUAUUAUAAUGAAUCGAACACAUUAUUGUUGGAUGAUUCUCCUUACAAGGCCUUGCUCAAUCCUCUACACUCUGCAAUUUUUCCACAUUCCUUCCAUUACCAGGAUAAAAGUGACAAUUCACUAGGUCCCGGAGGUGAUCUUCGAGUUUAUUUGGAAGAUAUGUUGAUGUGUGACGAUGUAAGGAAAUAUGUUGAUCAACAUCCAUUCGGUCAAAGUGCUAUAGAUGAAACAAAUGUGUUUUGGAGAUUCUACUCAUGGGUUCUUCAGAAUCUGUCCACUUGA